AUGGCAUCCGGCAUUCCAUUUCUUCAUCAACUUGGAUUCAGAUGUACUAGCCCUACUCUCGAGAAGGAUAAAGAAGAUAUCUCAUCCGGCGUUCCAUUUAUGACACUUUCUGACAUCAAAAUGUACUUGCCCUACUAG